UUCUUGUUAGCAGGAUGGGAAACUUUUUCAGCAGAGAGCGGAGCUACACUCUGCAGGGACUCGGUCUCCAGGCAGAACUCUGGAAGUUAUGAAGUAAGGAGUCUGGACAAAGGAAUCUUUUAAGUGUCAUGAGGAGGAAGACAACGCUGAGGCUCUAUUAUUAGCAGUUUUAAAAUAGCCUGAGGCUCCAGUUAUGACAAGAAGCUUCAGAGCAGCUUAUAAUGCAGUUUGAUGAGCUUAACGGCUGACAGGCACAAACUGCCACCUGCAUCCAGAUGGAGCAGCCGAAGGCUGCAGGCAUUUCCCUCCUCUGUACCGAGCUCAGGUUCAGACACUGACAUCACUUGGAUUUAUUAAAAGCAAAAACGACGUUUGGAAACUUUCUGAUCAAAGCUGAUGUUUUCUGCUUUCGUUCAGCGACAUUCGCUGCUGCCUGACAGAAAUAGUCACUGAAAUAAGUGGAAUUAGUGAUUGUCAGUUUCCAAGCAACACACACCCGCACGGGCAUAUGUGCACGCGCGUGCACAUACACACACGAGUGCGUCAUUUCCGACUAAGGGACUGAGAGUCCAGUUCGUGGCUCCACGCGCUCGCCGGUGACUGCGUCUGCAGGCGGCUCUGAGGAGCGCAGGGGUCUUGUGUCCUCUGGUCUUCAGCCGUACAGGUGUGCUUCAGAAGGAGUUUGAACUGUCCCAGUGGGAUCCAUCCCGAGCUGCGUCGUCCUGCUGAGGAGCCGACACGCGCAGGACAGGGAGCACCUGCGUCGCCGCGCGCUCGGAUCACCUGUUGAGAAUGCUCCACGGUCCUCCUCUCCUUUCAGACGUGAGGACCAUGCAGGCUGACGCGCGCGUUUCCAGAUGCUCCACGCGCCCCGCUCCGUGACUGAAGCCGGUGCGGGACAUGCCGCAAGAUGAGCGCUGAUCUGGAGCGCGUUCCCCCCGGCUCCCCCCUGAACUCCGCCGGCCUGGGCGGCCGCGCGCUCUCGGCCAAUGUCCGGAGGCUCCACAACGGUCUGAACCUGCUGCUGAGCGACGUGGAGAGGAAGCAGUUCAUCCACUGCCUCAAUGUUUACCACGCCAAGCGCAACGUCUUCGACCUGGUCCAAACUCUGAAAGUGAUCCUGAACAGCCCCAGCAAGCGGCAGCUGCUGCCCAUGCUGCGCCUGGUCAUCCCCAGGUCCGACCAGCUGCUCUUUGACCAGUACACCUCCGAGGGGCUCUACCUGAAGACGGAGCUGCUCCCCAGCAACGGCAGCGUGGAGAUCUACGGAGAUGAGGGGGACCCCACUCUGCAGACCUAUGUCAGCUGCCUGCAGGAGCAGCCGCUCGCGCCGGCCCCUCCGGAGGCUCCCGGCGCGGCGGGCACCACGGCCGCGCUCCUCUGGGAGGGCCUGUUUGGAGAGGUGCGCAGAGUCACCCUGACGCGCUCCAGGAGCCACGAGGGUCUGGGCUUCAGCAUCCGCGGGGGCUCGGAGCACGGGGUGGGCAUCUACGUGUCCCUGGUGGAGCCGGGCUCGUCCGCGCAGAGAGAAGGACUGCGCGUCGGGGACCAGAUAGUGGCGGCCAACGACAUGAUGUUUGACAACGUCACUCACGUGGACGCGGUCAAGGUGCUGAAGGGAUGCCGGACACUGACCAUGUCCGUGUGCUCCAUGGGUCGCAUUCCUGGAAACUGCAUCACCAACCACGUGUACAGCUGGGUGGACCCUCAGGGUCGAGGAGUCUCCCCGCCACCCGACAGCCAGGACGCCGACCAGAGACAAAGGCCGGAGAGGACGGUAUCCCUUAAUAUGGAGGAGGGUCUCUCUCUGGGUCUGAUGAUCAGAGGUGGGGCAGAGUAUGGACUUGGGAUCUACAUCACUGGGGUGGACCCUGGAUCUGCUGCUGAUGCUGGUGCACUGAAGGUGGGAGACCAAAUACUAGAGGUGAACGAUCGGAGCUUCCUCUCCAUACUGCACGAUGAGGCUGUGAACAUCCUCAAAUCAGGGUACAACUUACAGAUGAAAGUGAGGGACGUGGGUCGUCUGCCUCAUGCACGCACUAUUGUGGAUGAGACCAAGUGGAUCUGCAAUCCAGUCAUAGCUGAGACCAACGCCACCGCUUAUCCCAACCCUACUGUCGCCACCGCCGCCUGUGGGGCCGUCAGUGCCAGUGUCUGCAGCACCAGGCCGUCAUCAGCCAGAGCCACCCCUGUGAUCGGAAAGUCCGCAGGAUGCAAAGGUGUUUCUCCACCUGGUGCUCAGGUGUCUCUGGAACAACAGGCCUUCAUGCUGCUUACAGAGCAAGAGAGGCAGACCAUGGUCUACUACCUGCAGGAGUACCAGGAGGGGCACAUCCGGGUGGAACCACUGGCCAUGGCUCUGUUUGAGCUUUUCAACACUCAUGCCAAGUUAUCCAUGCUGUCUGAAGUUCGGAGUCUGGUGGCCCCUCAUGAUCUGGAGAUAUACGACCGACUGGUGCAGCACCGCGAGAGGGAGGCUCGCCAAGCCUGGCAGGGGGGCCUGGGGGUGCUGCACCCACCCAGCCAGAGCAGUCAUGCAGGCUCCGUCAUUGCUCCG